AUGGAGGGAUCGCCUAGGCUCGGCCCAAAAGGUCUAAUUAAGAAGCACGAGUUUGUAAGAAUACUAAUUCAGUGCCUAUAUUCAAUUGGCUAUGAGAAGUCUGCCUCAUGCUUGGAGUUGGAGUCUGGCAUUUCGUGCAAAUCUGAUGAUUUUCAAUUGCUCGAAUCACAGAUAUCGAGCGGGAAUUGGGAUGGUUGUGUUGAUACCCUUAAUGCCAUUAAGGAUUUGACAGAUGACACAAGAGCUGCUGCUUUGUUUCUUGUGUUCAAACAGUGCCUUUUGGAGUAUUUGAGUUGUGGGGAUGAUAAAUUGGCUGUGGCCAUUUUGCAGAAAGAGGUGUCAGCUUUACAGGUGGACAGAGAUAAGGUUCACAACCUUGCUCGGAGUAUCCUUUCCUGGAAGGAAGUGGAGCAGAGCAAGAUAGACGAUAAUGCUGUUCGAGAAUUGCGAAAAAAACUGUCGCAAGAAUUGGAAAAAUGGCUUCCUUCACCAAUUACGCUGCCUGAGCACAGAUUGGAACAUCUGGUUGAAACUGCUGUUUUGUCCCAGAUUGAUUCAUGUAUGUAUCAUAAUUUGUCAGAUGAAGUUUCACUUUAUGCAGACCAUUCCUGUAGUAGGGAUCAGAUCCCUACAGAGACUGUUCAGAUUUUGACUGAGCAUAAGAAUGAAGUUUGGUUUGUGCAAUUUUCUAAUAAUGGGGAGUACUUAGCCUCUUCGUCAAGUGAUUGCACGGCCAUCAUUUGGAAGGUGCCGGAGGAUGGUAGGGUGACACUAAAACAUACCCUACGGAGUCACCACAAUCCAGUAUCCUUUGUAGCAUGGAGCCCUGAUGACUCAAAGUUGCUUACAUGUGGAAAUGUUGAAGUCCUCAAGCUAUGGGAUGUUGAAACAGCAUGGAGAGGGAUGAGGAUGCCCAAGAUUUUAGAUCUUGCUGUGACACCAGAUGGGCAAAAUCUUAUCAGCAUCUUCUCUGAUAAAGAAAUUCGGAUUUUAAACGUGGGAACAAAUGCCGAACGAGUCAUCUCUGAAGACCAUUCUAUCACAUCCCUUUCAAUUUCUGAAGAUAGUAAGUUCUUUAUUGUCAACCUGAAUAGCCAGGAGAUUCAUAUGUGGGAUGUUGCUGGUGAAUGGGUGAAGCCACUGAAGUAUAUGGGCCACAAGCAGAGCAAGUAUGUGAUACGCUCGUGCUUCGGUGGAUUGAAUAGCACAUUCAUUGCCAGUGGUAGUGAGAACGCACAGGUAUACAUCUGGAACCGGCGAAAUUCUAGGCCAAUUGAGGUUUUGCGUGGGCAUUCAAUGACUGUGAACUGUGUGAGUUGGAAUCAUAGGAGACCUCAAAUGCUGGCAUCGGCGAGUGAUGAUCAUUCUAUCCGUAUAUGGGGAUCUAGCCUUUCUAAUAAGAUUCAACCUCAGAAGCUCAGUUGA